AUGAUGCCAGGACCUCACAUGCCGCCUGCCAUUCGGCGGCAGGGCGACCAUUACUAUCUGCCGCCGCAGGCCCAUUCCCCGGUGCCGAUGAACAUGUACAGCGGCUACCACCAUCCCGCGCAAUUCCCUGGCGCCCACCCCUACUACCCGCAGCAGUUCUAUCCGCCGCAAUAUCACCACCCACAGUAUCAGCAUGCGCUGCCGCCUCGCCACUUCCCUCAGCACCCGCCGCCUCCUCAGCAACACUCUCCCGUGGUUGUCUCGUCGCACCCUCACAUCCAGUCUGUCGCCCCUGUUCACCGCCAACCCGUCCGCACGCCGCCGGUUGCCCAUACUCAUACGCCUCCAGCCCCGCUGGUCGCGCAUUCAUCGACGCCACAGCCUGCGCCGUCAACUCCUUCGGUUCAUUCGCAGACGCUGGUGUCGCCAUCGACACCAACCAUCGCGCAGAGCACAGCAACCCCGCCUCUCAUUCCUGCGACAUCUCACCCGGCUCUCUUGUCACAGCAUGCGCCACCAUCUCCUGGAGUGAAGAUGCCCUUUUAUCCUUCCCUACCGUGGUACUCGAACCCUGAUGAGCCUUUCCCACCCAAAGCGCACCGGCAGAGGCGCCGGAGGCGCGAACAACCACCUUCGCGCGCGCCAAACGUGGAGCUUCCCGCGAGAGAUCCAGCAGAGGCGGAAGAAUAUCUGCAGAUAGUUGAGUCUGCUGAGCCUACUGUUACUGCUGCAUCCGAGCAGGAGACCCCCGCCACGUCGCAAGCUCAGUCAGAGGCCGAUUCCACUCACCCUACCACACCCUCAUCAGCCAUGCCGCCGGCAACACCCCAGACACAGGCUGCGACUGGACACACUCGCAAGGCUACCAUCCCUGCGGUUCCGCUCGUUCCAAUCAAGCCAGCCAUGCCUACCUCUCAUCGCAAGGGCAGCGCCGCUACUUCAACUGCCGAGAGGCCCAGCACGGUUGGCGACGCGCCGCAAGAGGGUGGCGAGAGUGCGGAGCAGGCAACCGUGGCAUCACCUGAGUCAGAACGCACCGCGACUGCGACAUCACCUACGCUGAAAGCGGCUCCGAAGUCAUGGGCUGAUCUCGUGAGGACCAAGAAGGCAGCUGCCGCUGCUGCACCUGCUUCAGGCUCCAAUGGUGUUUCAGCCGUCAACGGUUUUGCGGCGGCCAAGAGCGACUCGAUGGCCGACGUGCUCCGGACUUACAACGUAAACGCCGACAACAAAAUUGGUUUCCUUGCACCUCGCGGUCUUGUAAAUACUGGUAACAUGUGCUAUAUGAACUCUAUUCUUCAAACCCUUGUUUUCUGUAUACCAUUUUAUGACUUUUUGGAUCAGGUGGGCAAGCGUGCGGCGUAUAGUUUCAAAAGCGAGACACCUUUGCUUGACGCAAUGAUAAUGUUCAUGCGCGAAUUCACCAUAAUCGACUCUGCAGUCUCCCAGGAACAGCUCAGACUACGACUUAAGGAUACCGAACUUGAAAAAUACGGUGAAAGUUUUAUCCCCGAGUUCGUCUACGAAGUGAUCAAGCGUCUGCCAAGGUUUUCUCACAUGCGGCGCGGUCAUCAACAAGAUGCUGAGGAGUUCCUGGGUUUCCUUUUGGCUGGCCUUCACGAUGAAUGUGUGCACGUUAUGAAGACCGCGCCUGCAAGCACGACCACGACUAAUGACGCCGCUUCUACUUCUAAUACCGACUCGACUCAGGUUGAUGGAUGGCUCGAAGUCGGACCCAAGCAAAAAUCGUCCGUGACCAGGUCCUCGGGAAUCAUCGAGUCUGAUACGCCCAUCACUAAGAUCUUCGGUGGAAAGCUGCGCUCGGAACUUCGCGUUCCAGGUCUCAAGACCUCGGUUACGCUCGAACCCUAUCAGCCUCUGCAGCUCGAUAUCGGCGCUCCUAAUGUGAAUAACAUUGUGGAUGCGCUAAAGGGCUUAACAAGGCCCGAAACUCUCCAGGGUGACUUCAACUCUCCUCGUGGACCUAACGCAUCUGCCACAAAGCAGGUGUUCAUUGAAACGCUUCCGCCGGUCUUAAUCCUCCAUCUCAAGCGCUUCCAGUACGACAACACUGGCGGUACUCAGAAGAUUUGGAAGAAGGUCGGCUACCCUCUGGAUCUAGAAAUUCCGAAGGAGGUAUUCCCACAGCACAUGCGCCCUGGCUUGAAUGUCAAGGGCGGCGAACCCAAGUACCGCUUGACUGGUGUUGUCUACCACCACGGAAAGACAGCCAGCGGCGGUCAUUACACGGUCGACGUGCGCCGGCAAGAUGGUCGGGAAUGGAUUCGGAUGGACGACACCAUUCUUCGACGCAUUCGCAGCGAAGAUGUAGCUGAGGGCGGUAGCGAGGAAGAUCCCCGCAUACUUGCCAAGGCUCUUGAACAGCACAAGAAGGAUAAUGGAAGUGCCAGCAAGAGUAUCUACGAACAGGCUGGCUUCGACGAAGAAGACGACUCACAUGCGGAAGGUGGAUGGAGUCAGGUUAACGGUUCGGGUUCCACUGCUGGAUCAAAGAAGUGGUCUGGCGUGGUUAACGGCACGGCUACCCCAGCCUCGUCAACGGGCAAGAGGACACCGAUGGCAGACAAGGGAGCCAAGGAUAACAAGGUGGCCUACAUUCUCUUCUACGAACGGGUCAGGCCGUAG